CACACUUCUAAAUGUCAGUUAGGGAGUUGUAGCGGGCUCUGUUAUGUUAUUGCUGUUUUAAAAUCGUUACCUUAUGUUUUUGUUUCUUUGUUCGAAGGGCGAAUUUGUUUUGUAUCAUAUGACUUUUCAAUGACGAAUUACGUAAUAUUAUUUAUCAUAAUCCAUGUUUACUGAAGAUGAAUAUUUUACUUAACAGCUGGACUGUGCUUGUGUUAAUUUUAUGUAUUUCAACAUUUGGCUUUUCGUUUUGUGCUGUGACAAUACUAUGUGUAAUUUUAUUCAUUUCUGGAAUUUUAACUGUCAUGUAUAUAAAGCAAGAAAAGUCAUUUAGUAAUUACUUUACCAAGCAAGAAAUAGGCCAUCCAACGUUUAUAUAUGAGGUUGUUGAGAAAAUGAAGAAGCCAAAGAAAGAUUGCAAAUUAGAUAAGAGGUUAACAGGUUCGCAAGUCAUUGAUGAAGAACUUCAAGAUAUACUUGACUUCAUCAUCAGGGAUUAUGUUCAUCCAUGGUAUGAUCAGGUGAAAGAAAUAGACUGGAUACCUUACUUAACGACCAGGUUAGUUGAUGAUGCGGCAUCUCACAUCCGUCUUUAUAGGCAAGCAAGAGCUAGGCUUAAAUCAAGCAGUGGGAGUAAACAAAAUCUAGAAGACCAUUUCUUUGAUUUAGAGUUAGCAAUGGAAGAAAAUAUAAUAUGUAGGGAUCAUGUAAGCCUACAACCAAAAUCUCAAAGAUGUUAUCUUCAACAAUUGUCUGAAGUUGUUCUGUUCAAUUUAAGUCCUGAAGUUGAGUUUCGGUGCUUACCAUUACGUUUUAUAGCUAGGGAACUGAUAGUAAAUAGUGUGUUAGUUCCAUUAAUAGCAAAGCUCUCUGAUCCAGAUUAUAUUAAUCAGUUUAUUAUUUGGCUUUGUAAAGAUAUUCCUGUAACAUCAGAAAUUUUUCUUGAUGUAUUGAGAGCAAGUGACAAUAUUGAAGAAUUAAAUGCUACUAGAGAUAUACUCAACAAAGAAAUUUCCACUCUUAGGUCUAGAGAUAAAGGAGGCGAAUCCGAAGCUUUAGUUAAACUACAAUUAUCAUCAUUAAUUUAUUUAAAUAAACUUGUGGAAGCAAGAAUUUCUCGUCUCCAAGAAGGGGAAGAUACGAAUACAACACCAGAUUAUUCUAAAUUGCUUUUGGGCUCAACAAAACUUUUUCAGUUACCCCUUGAUGUCCUCCUAAAGAAUAACCUCGCCCUUUCACACUUUAUGGAUUAUAUGACGAGUAUUGGAGCUCAUGGUUAUCUUUGUUUUUACCUCAACAUAGAAGGAUGGAAGGCAUCAACUGAGCAACAGCUUUCAGACAUGUCACAGCAUAGUUUUGAUAAAACUGAUGUCUUGCUGGCGGAGCAGUAUUCUGCUCAACGUCAAACAUUGGAUAGGGUUGCUGAAGCAGCGGCCACAAUAUACCAACAAUAUUUAUCUGAUCAGUCUUCAACAAGACUUCAGAUAGACGAGGUUAUUGUGAGGAGGCUUCACCAAAAGAUUAGGACUGAGAAACCGAAUGAAAAUUGGUUUGAUGAAGUUCAGGCUGCAGUUUAUGAAAGAAUACAGAAUGAUGAAAAAUUUUUGAAUGGAUUUCGAGCCUCUCCUUUGUACGUGAAAUUGCUUACGGAAUUAGAUCUUGUGAAAGGUGAAAGGUCAGAUGAAGAAGAUACUGGUUCACUUGAUGAGGUUAGCUUAAAUUCUGAUACAGCUAGCUUACCGGAAUUCAUCAUUCCACAUUCGAACAGUGCUGAUACUGAGAAUGGUGGAAGCCCUGUACACCAUGGCUCAGAACCUAAAGCUUCUGGACCAUUCUCUUUACAUGCAGAAAUAAUAGAAACAGGUCUUGUUCAUGAAAAAGGCAAGACAUUCGGAAUGUAUGCUGUGUCUGUUUUGAAGAAGUAUGAGAAUGGACAUCGUGACAGCUGGCAUGUUUAUAGGAGAUAUUCUGACUUUCACGAUUUACAUACUAAAAUAAAAGAAAAGUACCCAGAACUUGCGAAGUUAACUUUUCCUGGAAAGAAAACAUUCCAUAACAUGGAAAGGAAAACAUUAGAAAGGAGAAUGAUUGGGCUUAAUAACUACCUCAUUUGUAUUACGCAGCCUUCAUUGUUAGCUAGUAAGCCAGGUCUUGCUGUUUUGGUUUCGACAUUUCUUCAUCGUGGUGAAUAUCGCCCUGAAGCUCACAUAUCUAAAACAUUGGACUCAUUAUUUCGAUUUUCAAUGCAGGCUGUGCGAACUGUACCUGAUUCUUUAAUGUCUUCAGUUGAUGGUGUGGUAGAUGGUCUCAGUCGUGUGCUUCAAGUCAAGACCACGAGAGAAGAAACAGGAAAAGUUUCAGCCUCGAUUGACACUGAAAGUGGGGAUAACAUUCCUACAAGAAUUCUCUUGCUUCUUAUGACUGAAGUGUUUGAGCUAAAAGCGUCAUCUCAGUGGCUGAGGAGAAGACUAGUCAACUUAUUGCGCCAGAUUGUACGAACUAUGUUCGGAGACAUUGUUAAUAAAAGAAUAUUAGAUACUGUGGCCCUCCUCACUUCUCCUCACAAGGUCGCUUCAUACCUCAGAGCAUUUAAGGAUGCAUUAUGGCCUCACGGACUGCAAGGAGAACCUCCAAUACCUCGUGAUAAUGCUACCAAAAUGAGAACACGUGUUGCUGCCAAAGCAGCUUUACUAUCCAGCCUAUCAGAUGAAUUGAAGCACAUCCUAGGAAGUGAAACUUCUAGGUACGGAAUCAUUUCAGUUUUCUCACUUCUUCAGUGUAAUUCCCUUAAUACCCGCUUCGCUUUUGUUCUGUUGGAAGGGAUUCUAUCAAAUCUUCUUGGUGAGCCAAUAAUGACAGAUAUUCUUCGAAGGCUUCAUUCAAAGAGCCCAAGGAUACAAGACCUUCAAUCUUAG